AAAAAGUUAUUUGUUCACAAAUGCAAAUUAAGUCUUGUGUUACUUUAUUUAGCUGACAUGUUCAUACAUGAAGCUUAAAACUAAAUGUAAUAGUUUCUUACAGAAUGGUUUCAAAUACAAAAAGAAUUCAUAACUCCUUUAGAAGAAAUCUCCCCUCAAUAGCUAAACAAACGCCUUCAUAAGUUUUGUUUGUUGGCAAGAAAACGCGACGGCCGUUCGGUCAUUUGGCACCAAAAUUGUAAUCGUUGGCAGCAGUCAGAAUGAGUUAAAAACCAUCAUUUAAUUUUUGCUCUAUUAUAUCACUGUUUUAGUAUGUACUAAAACAAUUAUCGCGGCUCGGUAAAUAACUCCCACUCGACACCUUCACUUCAGUGAAUCAUUGUUUAUUGUUGGAACAAAAGAAAGUUUUUACAGAAGAAAAAGAUCUAUUUCCCACAGGAAUGGUUCAGCUGUUGGUUUGGGACAACAACGUGGCCGUAGUUUCAUUGUUCUGGGACACCAAAAAUAGCUGACGUAAGGUCAAGUGAAAACAAUCUAUCCACGUAAUAGACGUGAACUUUGGUGCCUAAUUCAUCCCACCAAGCAGCUUUAACAAUCUGAUCGAAUAUCCCGUUAUGCCAGUAGUGUUUUGUUCACUUAUUUACGAACGGCUAAAUUUCAAAAAACGCUUUCGAUAAGCGGCGCCCAGAAACGCCUUAAGAGCAGUUGUCUGUAAGAUUCGAGCUAUAUUAAAAAGGCGCUGCCACACUAUCUCACCGAUUUGGCUAAAACUUAGCAUGUAGACUUGAUUUGAGGUCUUUAAUAAGGAAUAGGUAACUUUAGGUUCUAAUUCCUCCUACUUCGGAAAUUAUCGACUUGGCCGGUUUUUGGGUGCCUCGGACCGGCGCCAUAUUGGUUAAUAGAAGCUGCUUUUGAGCCUUCGACUACAACCCUGUCUUCAAAGCUAAUCUUCCUUUGCCAAUACAGAUUGAAAGAACAAUCCCUCUUUAUUGUAUUUUUAGAAACUACUUCGAAAUUGAUAACGUUUUCGCAAAGAUCGAUUAAACUUUUGGUGGGUAUACUUUUUGAAUUUUUUACACCCGCAAAAUUAACAGAAUUUUAAAGGCGUAUAUCUCUUUUGCCACAUCGCAUUGAAGCUUGCCAAUCUGCCUGAAUACUCACUGUUUGUAGUUAAAUCGAGUUCAUUAAUAAAAAAAUUGGGCAAAUUUAACGGAGCAGAAACAAAAGUAAUGAAUGGAAGACUGUUCUAGCGACUUUGUCAAUAAUCUGUACACCGAAUACUCGCCAGGUGUUGCCAAAAUUACAAUCGAUAAUAGAGUUUCUGUCAUUAAAUUAGCCUCUGUAAUAUAAUCGAUAACUCUGCUGCGAAAAACAGUAUAAAAAAGGCAGAUUGUAUAAGGAAAAGGAAAAUGAAUUUGUUAUGUUUAUGCUAUGACGCGUAAACAAAAUUCAACCAUCACAGUCGAACUGGAAUUUUCCUGAUUUUCCUCCAGUUCCUUUACCUAAACCAGAGCUUUUAAAAUUAACCAUAGUAAUGAAAAUUGAGAUGUAUUACCUUACUCGACGACAAAGUUGCCAGUUUCCACCUUGAUCGAAAAAAAAAGGAAUAUUUUCCCACGCAUAUCGCGGGUCGUCACGUUCCUUGCCUGGCGUUACAACUUACGUGAAACCGCCUGGUUUCAAACAACUGAACUGAAGAAUCCGUGAAAAUCUUAGCCAGGCAAUAAAUAAUGGCAGUUGAUAUAAGUUAUCAUUAUUAGCGAGCGAGGAUCGAUGCGAUGAUAGUUCCAGCUACAUGUGUUUACAGCGUUUUAAGAUUUACUCAAAACUCAUGAGACAUGAGCCCUUGAAAUAAACAUCAUUACUUCCGGUUUUAAAAAUUGGGCGUUGGCAAAGUAAUGAAUAGACUCAUUCUACCUUGUACACCGUUAACAACGGUUCCGUGUACAAUUUUCAGGUAUUUUGUCUCAAUCACGAAGCCCGUUUUGAGGAGUUUCUUGAUAAACAGAAAAAUUGGUUUGGAAGGGGUUAAGAAGAAUGAGGGAUGAGCCCGGGACAGCAAAAACCACAGUCACCCCACGGAAGGGCUUUAAAACUGUGCGCAAACAGGAGCAAAUGCCUCACCCUAGCGACAAUUCCAGAUUUUUGUUUCCUUGAAAAAGCUUAAAAUCGCUAGACAAUACAUGGACAACUCAAGACAGUCCUAAUUCAAAAUAAAGUAAACAGCAAAGAAAAUUCAGUUAGAGACCAGAGUGUUUAUCCGAUAUCGCGAACAAUAAGGAGUGAUUGAAGAUGUGUCUGCAGUUUAAGCCCGACCUAUCCAAUCGAACAAAACCGAACAAAAAACCAAUCGAACCCAAUCGAACUCCAAUCGUUCGAUUGGGUUGGGCAAUCGAACAAAAUCGAACACCUAUUUUGCUGUGAGUUCGAUUUUCGAACCAAUCGAACCAAUAUAAUCGAACAAAAUCGACCAAAAUCGAACUAAUCCAAUGCAAUUGUCUCUUGACGCCUCAAACUGAGUAAAACACGUGGAAUAUAAUCAUUGUCAGCUUUUAUUGAAUAAACAGGAACUGAACAUCAUACAGCAAGAAAGUCAAUGUUCGAACAAAACAAAACAAAUAAAAGGCAAUUUCGAUGUCUGUUAAGGUACUGUGACUGUUAAAAGGAAAUGCUUCUCAACAGAGAAAAAUCGCACCAUUUCAACAACAGCAACACAGGCAGUUGUGUUUAAAAUUAGUAUUAUAAUAAGCAGAAGGGACCUCACUGCAGCCAUUACUCUCUCCAGGUUCUCCAGAGUGGCCAAGAGUGACGUGGAGACGAGGAGGGUUUCAGUGCUCAGCAAAAGCCGCGUAAAAAGGGAAGGGAGUUAGCGGUGAUUUCACUUUCACCUUCGGAAUUUUCCAAUACCACGUGCCUAUCAUGCGAUGCGGCGUCCGUUAAUCGAACGUUCGAUUAUACCAAUCGUUCGGUAAUCGAACGUUCGAUUGGGUUCGAUUACCAAUCGUUCGGUAAUCGAACGUUCGAUUGUGUUCGAUUGGCAAAAUUUUAUUGUGAAUUCGAUUAUGUUCGACUGAGUUCUGCAAUCGAACGAUUGGUGUUCGAUUGGGUUCGAUUGCCGAACUGUUCGAUUGGAUAGGUCGGGUUUAAGGUAAAAUCAUUUACCAUGUUCACGGACCUUUCGACAACAUAAGUGUACCGAUUGAGGUAAUAUCAGUGGUAAAAAACGAACGCUUUUUACUGUAGGACGAUGACGUCAUCAUACAAAAGGCGUCUUCACUCUGGCAUCCAGAAUUUCAAACAGUCAAAACCUAAUUUUCUCUGCUCGUCAAAUGAAAAAUGCCACUGAGGGCAAGUAGUGGUAAUGUGCUUGUUAGUAAGACGUCCAACAUAAGGAGACAUUCAUAAUCAACUCGGUUAAUGCAUUGAUAAAGGGAAACUUUCUCCUUUACUCUUAGGGACAGAGUUCAAAGGGGCAAAAGAUUUUUAGUUCAGCUCUAGCAUGUGUUGUCUAGCGAUUUGCCUUGAGCUUCUCUAAAUUUUCCGGAUCAAACAAGCUGUGCCCAUCGUACAUAAUCCUGUCUGGGCUCCCUUGAAAAAUUGCAAUUCAUCAGAGGCCUUCAAGUUCAUCCUCCGCCGCGACAACUUCGUGAUCUAUUUUAAUGGGUGGUUUUCUGGAACUAUCCUAUGGCUUGUCCUUUCUGGUCGUCACUAUAUUAGCGAACAUGUUUCAAUUUCUCUCCAGCAAAAGUCUCUAUCAGGAGCGUAGCCAGGACUUUCCAGGUGUGCGGAAAAUUUCCAAAACUUACUCUAACAUCUUACUCAGUUCUCUCGCAACGUUUCCCCAUUACAUUUGCCAAUUCUGUUAACUAGGUGAGGUUAUGCGUGGAUGAAAUGGCACUUGCAAUCGGUGAGAAAAUUAGGUUAGACACUUUACCCUCAAGGACGACUCUCACGUUUUGCUGACACUUUCUACCUUAGAAGAGAUAAGUGAAGCUUUGCCUUCCCCACUCCGUGUAAAAAAAUGUCGUUCGGCUGUUCAAACUACUUUUAGAAAACAACAAACUUCCCAACUUAAUUUUAAUUUCUUGGAUUGAAAAGGGCGGGCUCUUUCUAAGCGUGGCGUUGUUUAUGGGACCUUAGUAUUCAGAACAGAAUCAGUCGAUGACAAACAACGAAAAGGCUUUUAUGUGGUAAGUUACAGUGAUGAACCUUGCCUCGAGAUGGUCAUAUUUUUGUACAUACCUUCAUGCAAUUCAGUGUUGGUCUGAAAAUUUGGGGGGAAAAGGGUGGAGGGGGGGGGAGAGAUCAGAACAUGUACCUCGCGUUGUUUACGAGACAUUAAAGUAAUGAAAACUGUUAAACAGUCUUCUACAAUUCAAAAUAGUUGCAAAUGCUUACGGGAGGCCCUAACUAUAUGAUGAUAAGAAGGGCAAUAUUUGGAAAGGUGCAUGGUCGUGGAGUUAAGGAGAUUUGACUAAUCAACCAAUUUCCCGCUAAACAUAAGGGCGUGGCCAGCGACCCCAAAAUUGUGUUCGCUCGCCCCGGGCUGGCUUGACUUUUGGGAUACGGUUAUGGGGUUAUAAACAAUGAGUUCAUCAUCUAUAUAGCCUACUCGCCCCAAGUGACUGCAUUUCGCUUUUCAGAGACCCAUCAGUUACUGUAUGACCCUCUCCGAUCAGAUUUUAUGUCCGUGGUACUGGUGGUGAGAUCAGUCUACAAGCAGAGUCGUGAAAAACACCGCCACUUGAGCCUUUACGUUCAAAACAUUCCUGGCUAUCGGGAAAAAAAGAAGGAGUUUUUAAAAAUACUAAAUAAAAUGUCAUUUCAAAUAUCACUUUGUCACCGUUCGAAAAUUAUUGUGAAUCAGACCGAAUGAAAGUUCACUCAAAGAGGGGGAGGGGGGAGGGGGGAGGGGGGUUGGUAGUUCUUAACAGUUCCAGUUAGCUAGAAAAUUAAAAGUUACGAAAAAAUAGUGGGCGAACUGCAGAAUACAUGCAAGAAUGAGAAAGAAAAUAGAAAACAACUUCCUGUUCAAAUUCGGGUGAAACGUUUAAUAGCGUCAAGAAGACUGAACUUGAUUGAGGUUGUUCAUUUCAAUUCCGUUCCAGCGUGCAGUUCCUUGUCCUCCUAAAAAUAGCUUCGUCUCCCACCGAUCAUUCCAUGUCAUAUUUUGCGGACUUAUUAUUCAGUAAUGACGGUACGAUCAGGUAAUUUGACUUGAUGAGUUCUUUAAUUUCAUUUCAUGUACUAGUUUUAUAUCUUACGCUGGAAAGAUCUGCCGAACAGUGUACAUUAGCAAAGGUAGGUUCCUGUUUACACGUGUAAUUAUCGAAUACCAUACAAUUUGCAUAAAGCUACAGUGCACGGUUGGUUUUUCUAGCCUUUUGAUUAAAAUUGACAACGUUUGCGUUAUCUUCGCCUAAGAAAAUAUGUAAUUUGUAGCUGUAUACAGCGAAAUAGUAGAGAGAGAAUUGUAACUGUGCAGUACACGAGCGGCUCCCGAUUGGUCUGGGAAAUCGAAGAGCGAACUUGAGCUAGUUUCGUGUGUAACAAAAUUUAUAAUUUUCAUUUUAGCGCAUAUUUCAAGCUCUUCGCAAGAUCAGAAUCAAAAGAUCAUCUGUUUACAUUACAAGGAAGGGUUUUUUAAGCGAUAGGUAGGGUUUAAGAGGCACGAUCAAUUUUUAAAGAAUUUUCUUUUCAAAUAUUCACCGAAUUUUGUUUUGAAGUUUUAGCGGCCAAGUGGCUGAACCACUGCGCAUUCAUGCAAUCAUAUUUCUGUUUCGUUGCAUUUGCCCAAUUAUUUUAUUCAACAAUCUAACUGAGCUAUAAACAAACUAUGUUUAGUUAAAAUGGCUUAGUCUAAAUCGAUGUGGCAUGGGUGAUAUUGGCCUUCCAAUUUCUACCAAAUUUGUGUGCCGUUUAAGUACCGAAAAAGUGCUGUGAGAAGUUAUAGCCGUUCGUAGCUCACGCUUAACCAUUUUCAGAUAAGAGUACGUAAAUGAAAGGAGGAAGGAUAGUUCUUUGCAACAGCAUGAGUCACGAUUAAGUUAUUUUAAUGAUAAGGCUAGAAUUAAUUACUGUAAAUCUCCUUCAGUUCACCAACAUGGCGGCCGCUCGAGGCCUCGUCAAAACUGUCAUUCCUGUAUCUUUGAAACCAACGAGAAUUCGAACCUUAGAAUAUGCAUUCAGUAUUUAGGACACCAUUCUAAGACUACAUGCCAAAAAUCAGCCAAAUCGAUGAGGUACCGUGUCAGGCCGAAGUUCGAAUUUUACAGAAAAUCACUCUUAAGUUUUUCACAAAAUCGGAAAAGCAUUUGAACGGAGUUUUAAAAAUAUCUGAAGACACUUGCAUUGUUGAAACUUAACUUCCCAACCUCUGUUUCUUUUAUUUUGGACAUUGUUCAGUAGCUAGUGUGUUUUAAUCCACUUUUAUUUUCUUUCAUAAAACAGGUUCAUCGAGUGCUGAUCCCUGAGGAGGAAAUCAAACGAAGAGUUCCUCGCCGA